AUGGCUGCGAAAGCCAAGAUACUACCAAAAUUAAAACCAAUAAUCGGUCGAAAAGAUGAAAAUAGACCAGAUAUAGCAGCAGGAUUAAAGAAAAAUGUUUUACCUAAGAAACUCGAACUACAACCAUUGAAAACAUUUCCAACAAAUAAAUUGGAAUUUAAUAGAUUAAUUACUGGAGAUUUUACACAAGAUUUUUCCAAACAAACAUCACGUCUUUUUCGAAUAUUUCUUAGUUCAACAUUUUCGGAUUUUAAAGUUGAAAGAAAUGAAAUUUAUCGACGAGUGUUUCCAUCAAUUAGACAAAGAUGUGCACAACUUGGUUAUGAAUUUCAAGUUGUUGAUAUGAGAUGGGGUGUAUCGGAUACAGCUGAUACGGAUCAUACAGCAGAUAUUAUGUGUAUGGAUGAAAUUGAACGAUGUAUCGAAUUAUCUGCUGGUUUAAAUUUUAUUUAUUUAAUUGGUAAUCGUUAUGGAUAUAUGUAUGUUCCACUUGGAAUCGAUCAAGAAGAAUUUGAACAAAUCAUUGCAGUUGCUCGUGAAGAAAAGAUUGCUAAUGUUGAUCUCAUAGAAAAAUGGUUUCAACUUGAUAAAAAUUCAGUUCCAUCGAAAUAUGUUUAUGUUCCAAUUACAACUUAUUUCAAACAUUUCGAAGAACAAUCAAAUGAACAACAACAAGAAGAAAAAAAACAAUGGCAAAUAGAAGAAAAAUCUCUUUUGAAAGCAUUACGAGAAUCUGUUGAUAAAGCAUAUGAAAGAAAAAAAAUAACAUAUGAACAAAUGAUUAAAUAUUUUGAAUCAAUUACUGGACGAGAAAUUCGUCGAGCAACAACGGAAAGUAAUUGUUCAAAUGUCAUUGGUAUUAUUCGUGAUUUUUCAAAUCCCUUUGUUGAAACAGCUAUAGACGCGAAAUUCUUUGAUUCAUCAAAAAAUGAACGAAUAACGAAUUCAAUUAAUCAAUUAAAAGCACAUUGUGAAAAAGUAACACCCUCAACACAAUUCAAAAAAUUUCUUGUUCCAUGGAAAUCUGGUGGUUUAAAUAUAACAAAUGAUCAAUCUCAUCAAGAGUAUAUGGAUGAGUUUUGUAAAUUUUUAUCAAUGACUAUUAUGGAAAUGAUUGAAAAAACUUGUCGAAAAAUGUUAAAUACAACUUUAUCAUCAUUUCAUGAAGAUCUUCUUCAUCAUGGUUUAUUUUGUCAAGAGAAAAAUAAUUUUUUUUUUGGUCGAGAAGAACUUUUAGCAAAUGUUUAUUCACGUAUUGAAUUAAAUCGUCGAAAUGUUUCAUCACCAAUUGCAUUUAUUGCUGAAUCAGGCUCAGGUAAAACAUCAUUUAUGGCACGUUUAGCUAAAGAAUUACGUGUAUGGUAUCCAACAAGUGCUGUAUUUAUACGUUUUCUUGGUACAUCAGCAAAAUCAACUGAUAUUGAAUUAGUUAUACGUUCAUUAUGUCGACAAUUAAAACUUAUAUAUGGUGUUGAUGAUGAAGAUGAAAGUGAUACAUCAUUAACAUUUUCAUCACUUGUUCGAAUAUUUCACGAAAGAUUAAAAUCUGUAUCAAAAAAGUCAUUAAAUAUUGUGAGGAAAAAAACUCAUCCAAAACCAUUAUUUAUAUUAUUAGAUGCUAUUGAUCAACUUGAUAAUACAACAAAAUAUUCAUUUCAAUUUGAUUCAUGGUUAUUACGUUAUUUACCACGUGAUGUUCAUAUAUUUAUAUCAUUUAUGCCAACAGUUGAUCGUUCAAAUUUAAAAGAUUUAUUUAUGCAAUUUAUGAGAAAUGAUGAUUCAACAAUAUUUACUGUACCACGUCUUCUUUCAAUUGAUUGUGAAAAUAUUAUUCGAAAUUCAUUACAAACAUGUCAUCGACAAUUAACAUCAGAACAAUAUAAAUAUUUAUUAACAACUGUUGAACAUAAUCCUAAGCCGUUGUAUUUAAAAUUAUUAAUUGAUAUUGCUCGAACAUGGACAUGUUUUAAAAAUGAAUCAUUACAAAUAAAUUUACCAUUACCUGAAACAAUUGAAAAUGCUGUUGAACAAUUAUUUAUCCGUUUAGAAAAUCGUCAUGGUAAAGAAUUUGUUCAACAUUCACUUGCUUAUCUUGUUUAUGGUUUAAAUGGUAUAUCAGAAAAUGAAUUAGAAGAUUGUUUAUCAAUAAAUGAUAUUGUUCUAAAUGAAAUUUAUUCUCAUCAUGAUCCACCAAUACCAAAUGCAAUUCAUGUUCCAUCACUUCUUUGUCAAUCAUUUCUUUAUUCAAUAAAACAAUAUUUAUCUCGUAAACGUAUUCAUGAUAAACAUAUUUUAUCAUUUUAUCAUCGAAAAUUUUCUGAAUUAACAAGACAACGUUAUGAACAUUUAUGUAAACAAUGUCACGAACAUCUUAUUGAAAUUUAUACUAAUGAUCAAACAGCAUAUAAACGUACAAUAACAUUAAAAAAACGAAGUAAUAAAACAAUAAAUGAUGCUGAUCGUUUGAUAAGUUCACAAAUGACAAAUUUACUUAAUAAAAGAAAAUUAAUUGCAUUACCUCAUCAUUGUUUAGAAUAUGGUACAGAAAAAGAUCAUAUAUUACGAACAAUGUGUUUAUUUAAUUUAAAAUUUCUUUCAUGUCAAUUGAAAAGUCUUGGUCAUUCGGUAUUUCUUGAUUCAUUGCGACAUUGUUUACGUUUAAGACCAAUGUGGUCUGAUUUAAAACGUCUUUAUCGUGCUGUAUGGGCAAUUGAUGAUGAUACAAUCGAAGAUGUAGAUGCUUCUUUGAUUAUAUCUGAACAAAUACUUGGUUUUAUUGAUAAUCAACAAACAAAUCAAUUAUAUAAUCAAAUAAAUCAUUCAAAUAUGAAUAGUGAUCUUGAAAAACUUUUUCUUGAUUGUCAACAAUAUUGUAUUGAACAAAAAAAUUCAUUUCGUUCAUUAUAUGCAGGUUUUCCACAAGAAACAGAUGCAUUAGCAUGGAGUUUUUCUCCUGUUACACAUAUUUUAUAUCUUACGGAAUUUUAUUGUCUUGCUAUUCUUGAUGGAACCGAAGAUGAAGAAUCCAGUCGUCUUAUUCAAACAUAUACAGUUGCUACAAUUAAUUUACAAACUGGAAAAGUAGAUAAAAUAUAUUUAGAUGAAACAUUUGAUAAAAUUUGGGAUGGCUAUAUAACAAAAAAUGGAGCUAAAGUUUAUUUAUUUGGAGUUAAUAAAGUACAAACAUUUAAUAGUCGAACAGGUGAUAUGUUGACUGAACGAACAUUAUCAUUUGAUAAUAAAACAUUUUGUAAUAGAGCUUACUGUAUGACAAGCAACGAAGAGCAAUUAGUAUUGGCUAAUGAAUGGCGUAUUGGAGCACUGGACGAACUUGAUGAGGAAGCAAUUUAUCGAGGUGCACGUAUACCGAUUAAAAAUGCAUCACUUCAAUUAGAAAAUAAAGAAGAUGUUACAGUUUGCAUUCGAUGUAUUGGUGCUAAUGAUGAUUUCGUACUUUGCUUAAUAUUUGAUGAAUGUAAUCAUGUUCUAAUUACACUUUGGUCAUUGAAUGAACAUGAUGAAAUUUUACCAAUGCGUUUUGCGUACAUAUAUCAUAAUGUAUCAUCACCGGAUCUAUUCGAUUUACCAUUAAGUAAUAAUGAAAUUUUGUAUCUUGCAACUAUUGAAGGAAAUAUUCGAAUAUUUGAUCUUCUUAAAAUAAAACCAAAUACAAAAUUACAAAAUUUAUUUACUGAUGAUAGUAUUCAACAAGUAAAUAUAUUACCAAAUGAAGAAUUAGAUCAUUUAGUUUGUUUAUCUGAUGAUAUCAUAGCUAUUUCAACAACUGAAUAUAUAACAUUAUUUGAUCGAAAAGAUUUAACAAAAAUUAUACAAAAAAUUCGAGUUGAUGAAUCACUUUUUAGUUGGAAAAUGAUUAUUCAAGAAGAUCAUAAUCGAAUAUUAAUAACAGUUGAUUCAAAGCAACAAUUUAUAACAUUAUAUCGUCAAGAAAAUAAUUCUUCAUCUUCAUUAAAUCAAAUGAAAAUUAACUUUCGUUCAAGUGUUGAAUCUAUUAAAUUAAUACAAACAACAACCAUUAUAGACAAUGAUGACAAGAAAAAAACUUAUGUUUUAAUUUUACUUGAUGAUAACACAGUACAAUUACUUGAUACAAAUCAAUUAUCUCAAGCUAGCUUAAAACCAAAUGGAUUAUUUACGAGAAUUAAAGAUUAUAACAUUGGUGAUAAAGCUGUUGCUGCAUGUGAAUAUGAUGUAAAUUGUCCAUUAGUUAUGUGUCCUUCAAAUAAAUCAUUUCAAACUAUUCAAUUACUUCAUUCAUUAAGUAAUAUGAAUAUUGAAUUUAUUGCUAUGUUAGAUAAUGAUCAAUAUUAUGUUAUUAUUACAAAUGAUCGAACAGUAUUUAUUUAUUCAAUACAUAAUCUCAAAGAAAUACUUUUUCAAUAUAAUCUCAAAAUACAAUGUGACUCAGAAUUAUUCUCAUUACAAACAUAUAAUUCAAAUAUAAUUAUAUUUAUGUUUAAAGGUCAAUUUCUUUUUUUACAAAUUAAAUUUGAUAAUAUACAAACAAAAUUUCAUAUUUUAUCUAAACAACUUCUUUCGAUUCCAAAUCGUCAACUCGAAUAUUCGCUAGAAUUUACACCCAAUAAACGUUUUCUUAUUUUUAAACAAAUAUUAAAUUCUGAUGAUAAUCCUUAUCUUUAUAGUAUUCGUAUAUUUAAUUGUAAUGAUCAAUUUCAACUUUCACCAAUCAGUGAACCUAUUACUUAUAUUAAAUCAAAACUAUCUCAUAGCGGAAAAGUAAACAGUUUUAUGACAUAUAUAUCAUUAUAUACUCGAUCAGAACUUUGGAUAGCUUAUCAAGGGUCAAUAUUACGUGUUUGUCUUCCAUCAACUAUAGCUGAACUCGAAGUACGUUCCAAUUAUCAUUCUUGGAUGCGUCAUUCACUUGCAUUAUAUGGUAAAACAGCCGAAAAAGCAAGUUUAUCAAUUACAAUAACAAGUUUAGCUAUAAAAUCACCGGAUGAUUCAUGUUUAGCAUCGGGUGCUGAUGAUGGAUCGAUUAUUAUUUGGUAUUUAACAGAUAAAUGUUAUCGUUAUGUCUUAGAAUCAAUCCAUGUGGACGAGAUAACUGGUCUUCAAUUUGAUACAAAUACAAAUCGUUUAUUUUCAGCAUCACUUGAUCGUAGUCUUGCUAUAUGGUCUGGUGAAGAGUUACUUCGUGUUCUUCAAGUACAUAUACCCAUCGACAGAAUAGAUCUAUUUGCGUCAUCCAAUAUUCUUCUUGCUCAAGGAAAAUUCUGGGGAUUUGAUCGUCUUAUGAUGUUUUAUAUUGGAAAUGAUUUACAACAAUUAACAGCGAUACAAAACAAUAAUAUUGAUACAGAACUUAAGAAUACAACGAACGUUGAUGCGUCUGAGAUUGCUAGUUGGGGUUUAUAG